GUUUCCGAAUCUUUACAGGUGCUGCCAGACAUCCAUUCACAAGCAUUUAAUGUUGUCUAAGUCUGUGGGAUUGAGACAGUGCAACCCGCUGGGUUCAUUGUCUCUUUUCAGAAACUCAUCAUCUACUGCUGCCAUUGCAUACAAAAACCUACACAGAAACAAGAAGAGGCCACAGUUGCCCACUUUUGAGAACCCAACGUUGUCUGCCGACUCUGCAGUCAGCUCUAUCAUCUACGAAACCCCAAUAGUCUCCAAGACUCCGAAAACGCAGCAUGUUCUAAACUGUUUGGUGCAGAACGAACCAGGUGUCUUGUCUCUCGUCUCCGGUACACUUGCCGCAAGAGGCUUCAACAUCGACUCGCUGGUCGUGUGUAAUACUGAGGUGAAAGACUUGUCUCGUAUGACCAUCGUCCUCGGUGGCCAAGAUGCAGUCAUUGAACAAGCUAGAAAGCAAAUCGAAGAUUUAGUCCCUGUCUACGCUGUGUUGGACUACUCUCAUUCUGAAAUCAUUAAAAGAGAAUUGUUGCUCGCAAGAAUCUCACUUUUGGGUUCUGAGUACUUCCAAGAGUUGGUUGCUCAUCACAACGAUGCUGAUGUUAAGGUCUCUGAGAAAUUGAGAACUGAGGUUUAUCACCCAUCCAACCUUCCACCUUCCCAGGCUUUGAGACAAAAGUAUGAACAUUUGGAUGCAAUCAGUAAAUUAACUCGUGAAUUUGGAGGCAAGGUCGUUGAUGUCAGUGACAGAAAUUGUAUCGUUGAAUUAUCCGCAAAGCCAACCAGAAUCAGUGCAUUUAUUGCUCUCAUUCAACCGUUCGGUAUCCUAGAAUUGGCAAGAUCAGGUAUGAUGGCACUACCAAGAACUCCGAUAGAAGGUGUCGAAGAUGGUACAGACCCAACUAAGGAUGCCGCAGAUGUUGUUGAUGUCUCCCAAUUACCACCAGGCUGAUUCAUGGCUAAAAACAAUUCCCAAU